GGAGAAAUAAAAACUGCAAAAGCAAGAAUAGAAGAGCGAUUAGAGGGUUCUUCGUCGCAAGUAAUUGAAUUAAGGAAGCGGUUAACCGACAGCGAGAACCAAGUAGCACGAAUAGAAAAUAGACUUGAUGAAAGAAAUAGAACAAUACAGUCUCUAACCAAUCAAUUAGCCGAUUUGCGAGUAGAAGGCAGCGAGAAGGAUAGUAAAUUACGGGAAAAAGAGGGCGAAUUAGAGAGAAAAAAUGAAGAAAUUAAAAAUUCUCAAAAUCAGGCUGGUUUAUCUAAGGAAGAAUUAUUAAAGGAAAAAUUGCGUUCAGAAAAGGCUCGUAAAGAACGCAAUCAAGUUAAUAGUGAAGUUCACGAGGAAAAUAUUGAGAGGAUUAAACAAGAAUUAUUAGAAAAAAAAGUUAAUAUUAUAAAUAUUCAAGAAAUCUGUCGUAAAUGUGAAAGGAUAGCCGAAUUGCGUUCAGAAUUAGGUUUUGAACCAAUUCAAAGUCAAACUCGGCCGCAGCAGGCAAAUUAUUCUUUUGAGGUUAGCGAAACCGCGGCCCCAGAAGAAAUAAAAAAAUCUUAUCGAAAAUUAGCCUUAAAAUGGCACCCUGACAAGUGGGGAACUAAAAGUGCGGAAGAAAAAGAAACCGCCAAUAAAAAAAUCCAAGAAAUAAACAAGGCUUACGAAGUUUUAGGUAAUGAAGAGAAAAGGAGAAGGUAUGAUUUAGGCGAGACCGAUUUUUCCGCUAGUGGUUAUGACUAUGAAGAAGAGUUAGAGGAAUUAAAUAGAAAAAAGGAGGAAAUAGAUGAUGAGUUAGAGCAAACCAAAGAACAAUCAAAAAUAAUUGCCCGUAGUCAGGUAAUUACUUGA